AUGUCCGACGAAGCAUACGACGCAUCCCUUGAUAUUCUACGCCGUCUUGACCCAAAGUUCAUUGGCUCGAACCUUUCCAAUGUCUGUCGCUUGCAGCCAGAACUGGCUGCAGACCUACUUGCAUCAAUUGACAAGCCCUUAGAAACGGCACGGUGCUCGAAAACAGGCAAGCCAUUCCUCUGUUGCGAUUACAACCGUGAUGGAGAUGCAUAUCGUUCUCCCUUUAGUAACGAGUAUGUUGGCAAUGACGUCGAGGAAGAUGCACCGAAACCAAGUCGCCAUUUGAGAGAACUGGAAACAUUUGCGAACGACUCAUUCGACAUAUACAGGGAUCUGUACUACGAGGGUGGAAUUUCCAGUGUUUAUCUGUGGGAUAACGAGGUUGGCGAUGCUACAGAGGACGGUACAAUCGGGUUCGAUGGCGUGGUGCUUAUAAAGAAAUCCGUAGAUGAGCAGUCCAGCUGGAACUCCAUCCACGUUUUCGAAAUCGAAAGCCAAGACUCUCAUUUGGCUAAUUAUAAGUUGACUUCUACUAUCCUCUUGGAUUUACAACAGGACCCAAAAGACACAACCUAUUUAAGUGGAAACUUGACCAGACAGACCGAGCGGAAGGUCCAGUUCAAAGAUUCUGCUUCCCAUAUUGCAAACAUUGGCUCCUUGAUUGAGGACUUGGAAACCCAAAUGAGAAAUAUGUUGCAAGAAGUUUACUUUGGAAAAUCUAAGGAUAUUUUGACCGAUAUCAGGUCCCUCAACGCCCUUGACCAAAGAAAGGCAGAUAGAGCAAAACAAGAAAAUCUUAUACAAAGAUUCGAUAGUUUGUAG